AUGGAAAACCCCUGGAGGAAGGGGAGGAGGGGGACGCAGGCGGUGAGAUGGAAACUCUUGAGGAACUCGCUGCUGCUUUGUUUAUUCACCGGAAGCAGCAAAGCCCAGUGUGAAGGUUGCAUAGAGUACUGCUGCGAUGGAUCGCCACCUUUCUGCUGCUCCUACUAUGCCUACGUAGGGGACGUCCUCUCGGGCACUGCCAUCUCCGGUAUAGUGUUCGGCGUGGUGUUUCUGAUGGGGGCGGUGGCGGCCUUGUUCCUGUGCGUGUGUAUGUGCAUGAAGAACGGGCGGGGCGCGCGAGUCGGUGUGUUCAGCACCUCCUACAUCAACACUGUGACCCAGGGCUACCCAGGUCCUCCACCGCCAUACACCUACGACUACGAGAUGUACCCUCCCUCGCUCCACCCGCCGCCUUACACCCCAACUCAGCCUCGGCCGGCAAACUACUCCCCCCCUCCUCCUUACCCUGGCUGCACCCGCAAGUGAAUCCCUGCAGCACAGAUCUACCGGCCAGCUCAAAGGGAACUUUCAUGGCCGGGUUUUCCAGAUCUGGAGUUGGCUGUACAUCUCUGGCAUCUGAAGCAGUGCUGUUUGCUAAGGGGGUUAAAGACAAUUUAAGGGGUCCACAAAAAUGUCCACAUUAAGAAGAUGAAAAGGAAAAAAGGGUGGCCCAGUGCAAUAUUGUCCAGCAGACAGAAUUCCUAGCUACGCCCCUAUAAAUGUCACUGCAUUUCUGUGUCUGGACCAAAUGGUGGGGAAAUAAAAAACAAUUUAACACAGUGUUGGUCAGGACGACAAUGAACGCCCAGGAACCGUCCACAUUCUUAUAGCUAGCCUGUAACUAGUACUUUUUCCCCACUAAUGAACAAUAUCCUUAUCCAUCCCUGGCUGUGCACAUCAAAGGCCCCGCGUCGCUUUGAUGAAGGUGAAGACCACUUUUGUCAGCAUGGAGGGGAACCUCACAUCACUGGAGGAAAAAAUCUUUCUAGGACACAAUGUAGACUGAUUUAAUGGAAAGUUACUUUUUUCCCCAUUAAAAAAAAACUUGAUAUAUGUCAUCGACUGAGGUGGAAGUUGAUGAUUAAAGCGGUUUUAGAUAAGUCAGGUCUGGACCUGUCAUGUGGAGACACAAAGACUUGAAUAUAAUGCAAAAUAAUACUGACCUUUUAAUGGCAUGACACAACUUAAAAGGACUGGGUUGUUGGUGAUGAACUGUUUUUUAUUGCCUUACUUGAAAAAAUGAGGGGGUGAAAAUUAAGUGUGUGGGGGGGGGGGGUCACAUCACAUUCAGUUGAACCAAAGUGGAUUCUCUUCAAAAUGGAAAAAAUAUUGAUAAUUGUGACGCAUUUAUCAUUUGAAUUGCAUUUGUAGGUUAAUCAAGGUUUGGUAAUUGAAAGAGAAUUGACCUCACUGUGCUAUGCCUGAUUCAUGUGAUGGAUGACUGUGAAUGAUGGAGGGGAUUUUAACUGUGUUAAUAAUGUGUAAGCUUGUGAGGGUUUCCUCACUGUUUCAGUGACUGUUGUAAAUUAAAGUUGUUAUUAAAACGCAACGUUAUUAACGA